AUGGCUGCUGCGCUUGUCAAUCAGCCGGCCUGGGAGGAACGGAAACAGGCACCCGUGGAGAUGGACGGCGAUCCCCAGGCGUCUUUAUCGGAAACAACUUCCAACAAUCCCCGAGAAACCAACGCUUCAUUUUUAGACCUUCCUCCCGAGCUAGUCCAGCAUAUAUUGUCUUUUCUAUCGGCUCAAGAUCUCGCUCGCCUGUCAUCUACCUGCCGCACUUUCGCUGAGCAUGCGACCAACGAACUUUUAUGGGCCAAUAUCAUCAACUCCAAUCUUCCCGAACCCAUACACACAACAGGUGUCUUUGACUCCUUUCGCAGUCUCUACAUCGCCCAUCAUCCCUGUUGGUUCAUUCCUCGCAACAAGAUCUGGUUUGCGGACACCGAGCACACGGGAAAUUUGAUCCUCGCCCGUUACGAUCACCGACGGGGUGUCAUAGAGGCUUACCGGGUCAUCGCAGAACGUCGUUCGCACCAGUUCCAACUCUGGGACUGGAAUCCAGAUGUUAUAAUCCAAACGUUCAAUCCUAAAGUUAGUCUUUGGUUAGAUGAUCCAGUCUUGCUCCUGAAAAACCAUCACGAAGGUCGGCCGUUAUAUUUGCGCGGUGAAACACGCAUGCCUAUGCCUCUCGAGACGCAGCAUGUCUUCAACUCAUUUUCGCUCUGCUCCGCCCGAAUGACUUCUGAUGUUGUGGCGAACCGACAAUGGCCUCCUAAAACCAUUCCAACUAAACACCGCGUCUAUCGUGAAGUUGAUCCGGAGUGGGAACACCACCCUCCACAGCUGGACAAAAUUUCCGAGCAUGCGUUUCGAAUUAGAAGAUGGGCACACUUCCGAUUGGGUAUGCCUAUCUUCACCGCUGGGCGGAGCGAGACGCUGUCGACUUAUGCUACACUUGACCCCGAGCUGUAUACGCCUACAGACAAGAAACCAUACCAAGGCAUCUGGGUUGGAGACUACUCGGCACAUGGAUGCGAAUUUCUGCUUUUCCUACAACAUGAUCACGGAGAAGAGCGAUGCAGCCUUGAGGCCAUCAAGCUCACUGGAGACCCUAACGUCCCUCGCGGCGAAAUAUCUUUCUCAGCAGAUGACGUUGGCCCUGGAGGAUUUGUCCGCCUUGCGGAGGAAGCUCUCUUCCAGGGAGCACGUAUAGUACGGAGCAAAGGUCAUGUAGCGGGCCUCGGUUUCAGAGAUGAUACGUUCAUCUCAUCCCAACUUAUUCUGAUUUCGUCAGAGUGCGUAGCACACUAUUGGGAAACCAUGGGCCAUAUCUCCUAUUACCGUCGUCUGGACAUCGACGAAUUACUCCGGACAUAG